CACGACGGGGGCGGCGCCGCGCCCGCCGUGCCGCCCGCGCCCUCGCCGCAGACGCCCGGCGCGCCCGCCGGUGGACAGUCACAGCCUCAAGCAGCGACGCAAUCGGUGGCGGCACCGACGCAACCCAAUACGGGCUCAAUCGCAGACCCAGAGAAGAGAAAACUAAUCCAACAACAGUUGGUCUUGCUGCUGCACGCGCACAAGUGUCAAAGAAGGGAGUCUCAGUCUAAUGGUGAAACCUGGACAUGUACUCUGCCACACUGCAAGACUAUGAAGGGGGUGUUGAACCACAUGAUGUCUUGUCAGGCGGGAAAGAACUGUGCAGUACCACACUGUUCAUCAUCUAGACAAAUUAUAAAUCACUGGAAACAUUGCAAUAAGAAUGAUUGUCCUGUAUGUUUGCCACUGAAGCAGGCGGACAGGAGUAGAUCAAAUGCUAUGAAUGCGGCUGCCGUGUCACACGCUGCGACGCGAGUGGGCGGAGGCGUGAGUGGCGUGGGCAUCGGCAACGUGGGCGCCGACGUGGGCGUGGGGGGCGUUACAGUCAAUGUUAACUCGCAGCCCAACACGCUUCCGCCAGUCAACCCUUUGCAAGGUGGGCCAGGAGUGUUACCAAACGCGACAGGUGCCGGUACCGUGGGCAACGUUAGCAACGUGAACGUUGGCGUCAGCAACAUGAGCAGCAACAUGGGUGGCAACGUGCCGACGAUGAAAAGUGCGUUCGAAGCGCUCGGUCUUAGCCCGAGUGGGAACAUGAGCGGCGUGAGUUUCGCGCGCGCGCCGCUCGCGAGACUGAAUGCGCAACGACAGCUCGGCGAUGGCCUUCAGCACCAGCCCGUGCAGCAGCAGUUCCACCAACCCGAGCAGCAGCAGUUAAACACCGGAGGCGUGCAACUAGGAGGGGGCCAAGUGACAGCUAACCCCGUGUCUGGAACAAAGGAGUGGCACCAGUCUAUAACACCCGAUCUCAGAAACCAUCUUGUUCAUAAACUGGUUCAAGCCAUAUUCCCGACACCUGACCCGACAGCGAUGCAAGACAAACGAAUGCAUAACCUAGUCGCUUACGCGCGGAAAGUGGAAGGAGACAUGUACGAAAUGGCGAGUACACGCUCGGAAUACUAUCACCUGUUGGCGGAGAAGAUAUAUAAGAUACAGAAAGAGCUGGAGGAAAAGCGACAGAAGAGGAAAGAGCAGCAGCUGCAGGCACAACAAGCCCAGCAGCAGAACCAGCUACAACAGCAGCAGACGAGCGUAAUGUCAGGUGGCAUGAUGGCAGUACGUCCAAACGCGCCGGUUGUGGGCGUGGGCCUGGGGUCAGUUGGUGGCGGCCGACCCACGCUGCCCUCGCAGGCCGGCCUCCCCGCCAUGAGGAUCCCCUCGCCGGGUAUCAACAUGCCGAUGCAGCCCAACAGAAUGACCUAUCAGCCCAACUUAGUGGGACCACCGGGACCUAGUCCAAAUCAGAUGCCGCACACGCCUAACGGAGGCGUGGUGAGCGUGGGCAGCGCGGGCAACCCGGGCAUGUCGCCGUUCGCGCAGGUGAUCCCGUCGCCCGCGCCGCAGUACCCGCUGGCCACCAACGGGCUGUCGCCGGCGCCCGACGCCAAGCGGCUGGCCAGCCCCUUCAUGAGCUCGGCCUUCCGCGACAUGACGUCACCGGCGCCCGCCUCGGCCUCCGCCCCCGCGCCGCCCACGCCGCACGCCAGCCCCGCGCCCGCCUCCGCGCCGCCGCCCGCCGCGCCCGAGCCCGAGCCCGAGAUCAAGCGGGAGCCGGAGGAGAUCAAGAUCAAGGAGGAGAUCGACGAGGACUGCGGGGGCAAGGGGCCGCGCGACGAGGUCGACAAAUGCGAAACAACAGAUAGGCCCGACCUAUUUGUGAAGCAGGAGAUAAAGCAAGAGAUUAAACAAGAAAUUAAACAGGAAGUGAAAGAAGAAAGAGUCGAAACAGUGUCAACGGGCGAACCCGACCGUGGGCCUAAGAAAGCCUUCAUAUUCAAACAGGAAGACCUCCGCCAAGCCUUACUGCCCACACUUGAGAAACUAUUUCGACUGGAACCAGAAUCAUUACCCUUCAGACAGCCUGUUGACGCUCAAGCUCUGGGUAUACCAGAUUAUUUUGACAUAGUUACAAGGCCGAUAGACUUAUCAACUAUCAAAGUGAAGCUGGAUACUGGAGAAUAUAAAGAUCCAUGGGAAUAUGUGGAUGAUGUGUGGCUAAUGUUCGAGAACGCGUGGCUUUACAACAGGAAGAACUCGCGAGUGUAUAGAUAUUGCACUAAGAUGUCGGAGGUGUUUGAGGUGGAGAUCGACCCGGUGAUGCAGGCACUAGGCUACUGCUGUGGCCGCAAGUACACCUUCAACCCGCAGGUGCUUUGCUGCUAUGGCAAGCAGCUAUGCACCAUCCCACGGGACGCCAAAUACUUCAGCUACCAGAACAGUUUAAAAGCGUACGGCGUUGUGUCCGAUAGAUACACGUUCUGCCAGAAAUGCUUCAACGACAUCCAGGGCGACACCGUCACGCUGGGCGACGAUCCGCUUCAGUCCCAGACAGCAAUCAAGAAGGAUCAAUUCAAGGAAAUGAAAAAUGACCACCUAGAGCAAGAGCCAUUUGUUGAGUGCAUGGACUGUGGGAGGAAGCAACAUCAGAUAUGUGUCUUGCAUCAUGACCAGAUCUGGCCUCUAGGAUUCUGUUGCGAAAACUGUCUAAAGAAGAAAGGAGCCAAGCGGAAAGAUAACAAAUUCUGUGCUAAAAAACUGCCCAUGUCCAAAUUAGGGACAUUUAUUGAGACUAGAGUGAAUAAUUAUCUUAAGAAGAAAGAGGCUGGGGCGGGAGAAGUACAUAUCAGGGUGGUUGCAUCCUCUGAAAAGUUAGUGGAAGUCAAGCCUGGCAUGAAGUCACGCUUUGUAGAUUCGGGAGAGCUAUCGUCGGAGUUUCCCUACAGAGCGAAGGCAUUGUUUGCAUUUGAGGAAGUUGAUGGAACUGAUGUGUGCUUCUUUGGUAUGCAUGUUCAGGAAUACGGAAGCGAGAGCCCAAGUCCCAACACGAGACGUGUAUAUAUAGCAUAUUUAGAUUCUGUACAUUUUUUUGAACCAAAGCAGUACCGAACUGCGGUUUAUCAUGAAAUUUUAUUAGGUUAUUUGGAUUAUGCGAAGCAGCUAGGUUAUACAAUGGCACAUAUUUGGGCUUGCCCUCCCUCAGAGGGCGAUGACUACAUUUUCCACUGCCAUCCGCCCGAACAAAGGAUACCUAAGCCGAAACGGUUGCAAGAAUGGUAUAAAAAGAUGUUAGAUAAAGGUAUAAUAGAGAGAAUUAUAUUAGAUUAUAAAGAUAUAUUGAAGCAAGCGAUGGAGGACAAUAUCUCGUCAGCGGCGGAAUUGCCGUACUUUGAAGGUGACUUUUGGCCCAAUGUUCUAGAAGAGUCUAUCAAGGAAUUGGAUCAAGAGGAAGAAGAGAAAAGGAAGCAGGCUGAAGCCGCCGAGGCAGUGAUAUUCCAGUCUUCUGAAGAGAGUGAACAAGGACCGGAUGGAAAGAAGAAAGGUCAGAAGAAAGCAAAGAAAUCGAACAAGUCAAAGGCUGCUCAGCGGAAGAAUAGCAAGAAACAAAGUGACCAGCAGCAAGGAAGUGAUCUCAGUGCAAAGAUAUUCGCUACAAUGGAGAAACACAAAGAAGUGUUCUUCGUUAUCAGGCUACAUUCCGCGCAGUCGGCUGCCAGUUUAGCUCCCAUUCAAGACCCGGACCCCCACGUGAACUGUGAUCUAAUGGACGGUCGCGACGCGUUCCUCACGAUGGCGCGCGACCGGCACUAUGAGUUCUCAUCGCAGCGGCGCGCUCGGUUCUCCACGCUGUGUAUGCUGUACGAGCUGCACAACCAAGGCCAGGACAAGUUCGUGUACACCUGCAACACCUGCAAGUCGCACGUCGAGACGCGCUACCACUGUACAGUUUGUGACGACUUCGAUCUCUGCGUGCCCUGCUACGAGAAGGAGGGUCACCCCCACAAGAUGGAGAAGCUAGGCCUCGACAUCGACGUGGGCUCCUCCCCCGGAGACAUGAAACAGAUCAACCCCCAGGAGGCUCGAAAACUCUCUAUCCAAAGGUGCAUCCAGUCGCUGGUUCACGCGUGUCAAUGUCGCGACGCGAACUGCCGACUCCCUUCGUGCCAGAAGAUGAAGCGCGUGGUUACUCACACAAAGAUCUGCAAGCGAAAGACGAAGGGCGACUGUCCGAUCUGCAAGCAGCUUAUAGCAUUGUGCUGCUACCACGCGAAACACUGCCAAGAGAGCAAGUGCUCGGUGCCGUUCUGCAGCAGUAUCAAGCAGAAGCUAAAACAGCAGCAGGUGCAGCAGAGAGUUCAGCAACAGCAAUUGCUGCGGCGACGAAUGGCGGCCAUGAACACGCGCGGCGCGACGACGGCGCACUCCCCGCCGCCCGCCGCGCUCGCCUCGCCGCCGCCCGCCAAGCCGCAGCCGCACACCCUCCCGCACAACGUGGCGAAGGCACUGCAGCAGGUCCAGGAGGAGGCGGCGCGGCAGCAGGCUCCGUCGUACGGCAAGCAGGGCGCCAUGGGCCCGCCCGGCGGCGCGCGCGCGGAGUGGGCGGCGCGGUACCGCACGCCGCCGCCGCUGCACCACGCGCCGCACCUGGCGCGCCCGCCGCACCCGCACCCGCAGCACGCGCCGCACCCGCACCCGCAGCACGCGCCGCACCCGCAGCUGCCGCCGCACCACGCGCCGCACCCGCAUCCGCACCCGCACCAGCAGCAGACCAUGCAGCGCGCAGCGACGGGUGUACAAAACGCGGGGGUGGGCGUCGGAGGCGUAGCAGGCGUGGGCGUAGGCGCCGCCAGCCAGCCCGCCAUGCAGCAGAAAGCGCUGCAGCAGCUCAUGGCCACACUGCGCUCGCCCAACAGUCAGAACCAGCAGCAGGAGAUCCUGCAGAUUCUCAAGUCCAACCCCUCGCUGAUGGCGGCCUUCAUCAAACAGCGUGCACAGACCCAACAGCAAGCGGGCGGCGCUGUGGGCUCGGUGAGCGUGGGGGGUGUGAGUGGUGCUCACGUGGGGAUGGGCGGCGUGCAGCAGGGCCAGCAGAUGCAGCAUAUGAUGCAGCCUCAGCAGCAGAGGUUGCAGCAGAUGCAGCAUAUGAUGCCGCAACAGACUCAGGUGGGCGGAGUGACAAACGUGGGAGGCGUGUCCAACGUGGGCCUGGGCGGCGUGGGCGGCGUGGGCGCCGUGGGCAUGGCGGGCGGCAGCUGGUUCAAGGCGAGCGGCGCGGGCGCGGGCGGCGGCAUGAUGGGCAUGCGCGGCGCGUACGCGGGCGCCGGCCGCCUGCCCGCGCGCUACUUCCCGGGCGCCGGCUCGCUGCCGCGCUCGCCGCCCGCCGUGCCGUCGCCGCGGCCGCCCACGCCGUCCGAGCUGCUGCUGCUGCGGCAGUCGCCCGCGCCGCCCGCGCCGCACGCGCCCGACGACCAGCUGCCGCCGCUCACGCCGCAGGACCAGCUCACCAAGUUCGUGGAACAGUUGUAGUGUACAUAGCCGCGGCGCGCGCGCCCCUCCUGUACCAUAUAACGUAAGCGAGCCGCGCGCCUCGCCCCUCCCCCUACUAUUUAUUACCGAGGACGUGACGCGUCAGUAUUGCGAUCGAGCGCUCGAUGUACAAAUGUAAAUAUGAAACGAGUACACCCUGUCCGCUUCUACGUAAUUGUAAGUUGUUCGUAGUGUAGGUAUAUUAUGAUACUUAUUCUGUUUUAUUGUAAUUAAAUCAUUUUAUAAUAUAAUUAUGUGAUCAUUAUAAA